AUGGAUUCCAUUACCAAUCUACUACUCUCAUCUUUUCUCUGUUCCAUCUUAGUAGGCUCCACCACUGCAGUGAAAACAAUAUCCACAACUCAAUCAGUUAAAGAUGGCGACACAAUAGUCUCCAUUGGAGGAAGCUUCGCGCACGGGUUUUUCAGCCCUGGAAGUUCCAAAAACCGAUACGUUGGCAUAUGGUACAACAAGAUAUCUAAUGAUUCCAGGACUUUUGUAUGGGUUGCCAACAGAGAAACUCCUGUCACCGAUUCCUCGGGCGUCUUAAUGGUUACCCAACAAGCCAUUUUCGUCCUCCUCAAUAGUACAGAAAGUAUUAUUUGGUCUUCCAAUUUGACAAAACCCGGGAAAAACCCAGUUGCAGAGCUCCUGGAUUCAGGGAAUUUUGUUCUGAGAAAUGCUGAUGAUGAUAACCCGGAGAAUUAUUUAUGGCAGAGUUUUGACUAUCCGACUGACACAUUUUUACCCGGUAUGAAGUUUGGAAUUCACUACAAAACAGGGCUUGAUAUGAUCUUUGGUCGUGGCAUAGCAGUGAUGAUCCAGCUCAAGGAGAUUAUACUUACAGUCUGGAUUCUCAUGGAUUUCCACAGGCUGUGGAAUGGUGUCCGAUUCAGUGGAAUGCCUACCAUAUCUUCAAACCCCAUUUACAAUUUCACUUUUGUGUUGAAUCAGAAUGAGACUUAUUUCAAUUAUGAUCUUCUCAAUAGCUCAGUUGUCACAAGAAUGGUGAUGAAUCAGGAUGGUGUUCUAAGGCGCAUGAAGUGGAUAGAAGGAUCAUCCACCAGUUGGGUUGAACACUUGACUACAGAGAUGACAAAUUGCAAUACUUUUGCAUUUUGCGGUCCUUAUGGUCUCUGUACUGUUAAUAACUCCCCAGAAUGCAGUUGUUUGCAACGAUUUGGACCGAAAUUUCCUAAAGAUUGGGUAUUAGGUCAGGCUGGCCACAAUUGGAACGAGGCAAAGACGAUCAUAGUCAUCUCAGUAGUCUUAAUAGCAACACUUAUUAUUGGCCUUGGCAUUUCAUCGUACAUUUCGAAGAAGAAGGGAAGAACAAUAGAUCAUCCUGAACAAGGUUGCUACAAAGAAUCCCAGAAUGAAGAUAUAGAAUUACCAUUAUUCCACUUGGUUACAAUCACUAAAGCUACAGAUUACUUUGCAAUCAACAAUAAGCUUGGAGAGGGUGGAUUUGGACCUGUUUACAAGGGUAUGUUGGAAGGGGGACAUGAUAUAGCUGUGAAGUUGCUUUUGAAGGAUUCCAAACAAGGAGUCGAUGAGUUCAAGAAUGAAGUUAUUUGCAUUGCCAGGCUUCAGCAUCGAAAUCUUGUAAAGCUUCUAGGAUAUUGCAUUCAAGGAGACAAAAGGAUUUUAAUAUAUGAAUUCAUGCCCAACAAUAACUUGGACUCCUUUAUUUUCGGUAUGGCUUUAAGCUUCUAG